GCUGUGGGGAUGGCAAGUACCUGACUCUAAACGCCGAUGCGUUCUUCAUCGGAGGAGAUCACUGCGAGAGGCUGGCGGCGGCGGCGGCCCAGAGGACAAGGCAGCAGGUGGUGGUGUGUGACGCGCUUAGUCUGCCGUUCCGCGACGAGUCGGUGGACGCGGCCGUCUCUGUAGCCGUCAUCCACCACCUGGCCACCACCGAGAGGCGGGUGCGCGCCCUGCGGGAGCUGGCCAGAGUGCUGCGUAUCGGCGGCCGCCUCAUCGUCACAGUCUGGGCCAUGGAGCAGCGAGCCAGGAAGUUCGAGUCUCAGGACGUGUUGGUGCCGUGGGAUCAGUCGCAGUCACAGAGCAGCUCCGACCAGACAUCAGCCGCCGCCGAGCCCGACGUGACCUCCACGGCUUCCGAGGAAGACCUGCUGGCCUACAACGCCUUCACGCAGAACAGCGACUCGGACUCGACUAGGUCCUCCAGGUUCCUGAGCCGUCGGGCCACGCGGCGACCUCGGCGGGUGCGAGCCAUCGACCCAAAGCUGCCCAGCUCGUCACAGAGCUCGUCAGACCUCUCGUCACCCAGCGAGUCCUGCUACAGUUUCGUCAGGCGCGCACUCCAGAAGCUGGCACGGCGCGGAGAGAUCGGUGCUGGUCGACCACGCUCCUUCUCCCCUUGGCCAGAGACCUCCGACGCCAAGCCCGACUCCAAGGCAGACGCCAAACCUGCCGAAGACGACGACCAGCUGAUCGAGAUUCGGUUGGACGACGACGUCAGCGCCCUGGAAGAGUCGACUAUCGCCAACCGUGGUGUGCCGGUCGCCGGGCAGCUGGCAACCUUCAAAUCGCACAGUGUCGGGGACGUGUGGAGCUUGCUGGCUGCGCUCCGCGGCGCUAAGAGACCGGAUGGUACCGAGGAGCGCCGUGGAGAAGCUGGUAGGACUUCGUUGCCGACCGACCGUCCCCGCAGCUGUCCGUUCGACUCUGUUGGCCUGGACUCGACGCAGCGGAGACAGACACCGGCCAGAUCCGCCAAUCGCAAGUCAGUGACGUUCUCCACCCAGUCGCUGACGUUACCGCGAGACAGACCUCCUCCCAGUGACGUGGUCACCGCUAAGUCCAAGAGCGACAGUGUGCUGGACGCCCGAGUGCGUUCUUGCGAGCUGCUACGAGCCGCGCUCAGUACUGUCCCUGAGACACGCGAGGCGAUGGACGAGGCACGAGAGGUGACCGACGAGGCCAGAGAAGCAGGCGACGAGACGAGGACACGGCAGAAACCGGCACUGGUGCGUCAGCAGCGCUGUGAGGAGGCCGUCCGGCGUCUGUCGGAGGCAGAGGCGAACGCGGUGGACACCAGGAUAGGUCGUCUCACUGGAAAGCAGAGCUCCCUGAACGAGAACCUAAUCCACUCGGACCGGUUACUAGAGCGAGAGAAACUUCAGUCGGAGAUUGUCAAACAGCGCAGUCUGAAUGAUAGCUACCUGUACGGGAAGCUGGAGAAUGCCGAAACGAUGCCCCAAGAUGGCUUCUUGGCAAGCUACAAACGGCUAAAAAUCAUCAGAGACAGUCUGGGAAAGCUAAGCGAGAGUUUGGAAAAGAUUGCUGAGAACGAGCCACCCACGUCCUCGCUCAAAAAUGGUUUUGUCAAGAUGGUGCGCAACUGGACAGAUGGCGGGACAGCGCAUGCAGAACAUACUGACCCUGCCGUUGAUGAGCCUGAUCCACAGACUGACGCAGAAUGUCCCGAGUCUUCCCAGUCCUCGUCAGAAACCUGCCGCGUCCCAGACCCUCCUCCAAUGCCACCGGUGCCGGUGCAGAUGCAGGGACCGGCUGCCAACCCAGACCGGUCCAACGCGCCUCCAGCCGAUCUCUCCGCCAAGCCGGUGACUCCGGCGACCGGCUCCCGGAUCGAGCGACGCGCCAUGUACCGGUUCGCCUCCCGCGAGCGGCGCACCUCCAAAGAAGAGAGCUCUGACAGUUCCAAGGAGAACAGCUUCCAGAGUGACACCAGCCUGGACUCUGAGGACAGUUGUGUGUCGGUGAUAUUUGUACCUAAGCGUGAGACGGCCACCAACGCUGUGACCGAGAAUGGCGUGAAGCCACGCAGCUGCUCUGUGUCCAGCGAGUCGUCCGGCAGCUCUUCACCACGGUCACCCCGGUCCCUAACAUCCGGGCCAUCUUCACCCACUCGCGCACCCGGUGCUCUGGCCAGACUCAACAUGCUGAAAACGCGGCCGAAGUUGGGACCACAGCUGCCUUUGGUCGGCAGGUUUCCGCUGCUGGCACCACCCCCGGGCAAAACAUUACCGAAUGGCGGAGACUCCACUCCCAGUAUAACUCCGGCAACCACUCAAAGCCAAACUCCGUCUCAGAAACAGACCACGACUUCCCCUCCAGCAAUCCCUCCACGUUCGAAGCCGGUUCCUGCUCCAAGUGCGUCCGAGUCUCCCCCUCCAACUCCGAUGUCGCUGUCAACUCCAAGCCCUGCGCCAAUCCCUCCCCCGCUGCCACCACGACCCACCACCGUCCCUAGUCCUGCCGAAGAGUCGAAGCCCUCCAAAGAUCCCGUCCGUGACAACCCCGGGCCUCCUGACACUGCCGACUGCCCACCCCGCCUGUCGGCCUGUCCUUCCUGUGAGAUGACUGCUCUAGCGACCAACAACAGCUUUCGGAAGAGUUCUGCGCCGCCUCCAGCUGACAGCGUCAACAACAACGUGCAGGUGAAGCUGGAUGCAGCUGCUGCGGCCGGCGCGCUUCUUGACCGGCGCUGUGUGAGCUCGGUGGCCCCCUCACGUUCGUCAGGCGCGGCGCGAGUGGAGCUCGUCACGGCUGCCCCUGUCUCGGCGCUGGCCCUGCAACCGAGCGGCGGUCUGGAGGUGGUGCGCCGGCCGGGCGUUCAGGGCCUGCGGGCGGCCGGUCGCGCCGCGCCCGCCUUCCUCACGUUUGAGGUGUUCCACCCGGAGACCGAUGACCUGGACUCGGAGAGCUCGUGCGGCAGCAGCAGCGACAGCAGCGCGUGCAGCGUGCUCAGUCAGCUGGCCGACUGGCCGAGCUCGCAGGAGCUGCUCGACCUCGACCGCGACAUCGAGCUUCAGCAGCAGGAGCAGAGGGAAGCGGAGGAGGGCGGCACGUCCAAGAAAAGUCAGGAUACUGAGAUUGGCGCAUAUUUGGCCGCGGAGGAACAGCCGGGGAGUGCAGAGAAACUGAGACUCUCGGAGCAGUCUGUGAGGACAGUGAAACUGGAGAACUCGGAACGUCAGGGGAGUGCAGAAAAACUGGGCCUCUCGGAGCGAUGCGGGAGGUUGAAAGAGCUUGGAGGCGGUAGCAGUGAAGAGAAGCUGCCAGAGCUGGACCGUGAUCUUACCGUGAUGGAGGUGCAGGACGUAAAGCUGGUACCAAACUCGUCUCUCUGUCCACUUGCUUCGCAGGAGCGACGUCCUACUGACACAAAUGCAGACACACGACCUCCCCUGGGCUCCAAGACCUCCAGCGCAGAGAUCCUGGAACCAGCCGACCGCGCGGCCGCCGGCACCGCAGCCGCCGCCUCCGCCGGGUCGGUCGGCUCUGAAUUCCGCUCGGCUUCGCCUAACGAGCUUGUUAGUGUCGACCGCGUCCCGUCGGGCCCGCCUUCGACGACGGGUCGACCUCCGGUCACAUUAUCCGGCGGCCCCGAGCCGAGAGACGCGCUGCGCGCCGGGAGCGGGCCGACCGCUUUGUCCUCUGUGAUCGACGAGUCGGCGCCGCGUGCUGAAUCGAGUGUUGGCCCCGAUACGGUUGGGGAGGACCCGGGGAGGGCGGCGGUGACGGCUGUCCAGGGGAACAGUGACGCCGCAGAGAUUGACGAUGUUGCUAAGGGUGGUGUGUUUGGUGCGGCGGUACGCUCGGAGGAGUGCAGCGGAGAGUCGGGUGGCAGCGGUACCGCUCGUUGCGAUCCGGAGCAGCCGGCGGCUGUGAGCAGCGCCCGCUGCCGCCGGAAGGUGACACUGGCUCGCCUGGACGCUCCGCCGCUGGAGCGAGUCGCCGAGGAGGCAGAGACGGCAGCAGUGCGGCGGAGACCGGUCUCCAGCCUCGGCUCAGCCUCCUCAAUGUCGGAGGCGGAGACGAGCCGACCGCCGGCGCUGGCCGCCGCGCGCGCCUCCAGUCUCAGCUCGAGCUCCGCGGGAUCGGUGGGACGGCGAGCACCGAGCCUGGCCACCGCCCGCGCCUCUCCCUCCUCGCCGUGGAGCUCCGGUUCGAGUGUGUCGGACGGACUUCGCGCGCCGAGCCUGGCGACCGGGCGGGGGUCGCUGACCUCCACCCUCAGCUCAGCGUCCAGCCUGUGGACGUCGGACGGCUCUCGGGCCGGCCACAGUCACAGCUGGGGGUCGAGCCGGUCCACCUCAGAGGGCGCCACCAGUCUGACCGAGCCGAGCGGGGCCGAGAGCCCGGCCGGCCGGCCCGCCGCCGACAGCGCAACCACCGCCAGACGCAUCUUCGACCAGGCGGAGGCGGACGCAGCGGCCGCGGAGGUGGCGGCGGCGGCAGCGGCAGCGGCGGCCUCUGAGGGAAGCCCGGAGGAGGCGGACAGCCAGGAGGCGUCUUCUGAGGGCUCUCCGCGACCCGAUCAGGGCGGCACCUUCGGUCACCACCGCUAUUAUCAUGUCUUCCGCGAGGGUGAGCUCGACAGACUCAUCAGCAAGUACGUGGACAACCUGCACAUCAUCUCGUCCUACUACGAUCACGCCAACUGGUGUGUAGUGGCCGAGAAAGUGCAAGUGUGGACCAUCUAGCUGGAGACGCUGGUGUGUUGACCACCGCCUGACCGGUCCGUCGCGGCCCCAUGAGUGACGAGCACUGUACUCCCGCAGCCAAUCCUUGCCAGUUACGUCGUCGUGUCGUCAUACAUUCACUGGUGGAGUGAUGACGCCGUUCUCUAUUUCUCCGUUUAUAAGAAAUAUAGCCAAUCGCGUUUAGAGACAUAUCGCUGAAACUCCCCUGUCGACACCGAUAGCUCGACUCGGGACACGCGCUGGUUUGAGCUACACGGGUACCUUCACGACGACCCGACAGAGGCGUUGAUCUCUAUGUAGGUGGUCCUCCUCCAAGGCUGUAGGCUUCCGUUAUGCGUUUCGCUCCGUUACGGCUCGCUUAGCUCACGGAAUCGAGUGUCUCCCGAUCCUCGGCGGGCGAUCCGUGACAGAAAGACAAAUGCUAGUCGUACUGAGUACGCCUGAACAUAUAUACAGAGGAUGUAUGGUAUUCAAUAAUGUCGUUAUAUGAAUCGUUAUACGAUGAUGCCGUAUUGUGUUUCCUGUACCUAUCAAAUAAAACUGGAAGACGAGCGAACGGCAUCAG